GAACUUGUCCGAGUUCAAGGAGGCAUCCUGAAUGACAUUGUGAUUGUGGCGUGAUGCGUGCUAAGUGGAGAAAAAAGAGGAUGAGGAGGUUGAAACGCAAGAGGAGGAAAAUGAGGGAAAGGAGCAAGUGAUCAAACCACUGUUCGAAACUUUUGUACAGCUGUGGUAGACUAAAUAAAUCUUUUCCACACUGGUGUCUUCUUUGUGCAUUGCAUAUUGGGUACAAGUACUAGACCACAUCAUUGUAUCUGACCCUUUAAAAACCAAUAAACUAUCUCUUUGACUGUGACUUCUUAAAUGUCUGUUGGUAUAGCGAUCAUGUCUCGUCGUUCUAACUGUAGGCGGAUGAACCAGGGGAAGACGUCGAGUUACUGGACGAAGACGUGGAGUGGAUUGCAGAUGAAGAUGACCCGGUGAACGACUCGGAUGAGUCGGCUAGUGAAGGUGGUAUGAACGAAGAAAGUAUGGAUAUUGUACAACAGUUUACACCGCCUCAAGACGAUACAUUCAAAUUACUCUCUGGUCAUAAAGAAAGUGUAUUCUGUGUUGACUUUGACAGUACGGGGAAAUUUCUUGUCUCUGGCGGACAAGAUCAUAUUGCUAUCAUAUGGAACGUGGUGACGGGUCAGACUGAAUUCACUUGUCGAGGUCAUGAAGAUUCUGUUCAUUGUGUCAGUUUUAGUCCAGAUGGUUCUUAUCUAUGCACUGGUGAUAUGGCUGGAAGUAUUCGUGUUUGGUUAAGACCAAUGGAGACAGAAAAUCCAAUAGAAUGGAGAUUACUAACGACAUUAAAUGUUGGUGAUUUAUUAUGGAUUCAAUGGUGGUCACCUCCGCUGAAGGGAACAAAAAUAACCAGUGGAUUACCGAAUCCUGCGGUACUUUUAGCCGGUGAUGAUGAUGGUCUUGUGACUGUUUGGCCUGUAAGACCAACUCUGGCUAACAACACAGCUAAUCAUGCUAAAUGUUUAUCAGGUACCGGUCAUGCUGCUUUAGAUGGCCUCAUUUUACCAAGUUCCUUAAAUACAGAUAAACCGAAAUUAGUUGUUCUCUAUCGAAAUGGUGAUUUACGUCUAUGGGAUUUGAAAACAGAACAAGUACUCGAUAGUAUUCAACUAUUCAGUUCACAUUCAAGUCUAUCAAAUUUAUGCAGAAGUUUAGAAGUUUUUCAAUUAAUUUCACCUCAAUCAUUUAUAAUACAAUCCAAGUGUACAAACCUAACACCUAUUGUCGGUGUAGAUCAACAUGAUUUAUUGUUAAUCACAGGGAAUGGAUUUAUUUGUCCUGUUUCUGUAAAAUAUGAUACAGAAAUGUUAAAUUCACGUUUAAAGAUUUUAGAUGUACUUAAAAUGGAUGAUGAUGGAUCAAUUGAAGCAUUGAGUUGUUCUUGGACACAUCCAUUAUUCGCUUUUGGUUCUAUCACUGGUGUAUUGGGGAUUUGUGAUACUCAAACUAUUAGUAUCCGUCAAAAGUGGACUUAUAUCGAUGAAGAUGAUGGACAACCUAUUGGGAUUACAUCGUUACGCUGGAGUCGAUACCAACCAGUGUUUUUUACUGCUACUGUUAAAGCUUCAAUAGUUGCAUGGUCUGGAGUUACUGGUACCAUCGAAAGAACAUCUACAGGUUCAGUGAAAGAUCCAUCUCCAUUGAAAAUAUGGUGGGGUCAUAAAGCAAUGAUUUUAGACUUAACUUUACUGUCAUUUCAUCGAGUAACAAAUGAAACUGCAAUCGACGAUGGUAAUAAAACAAGUGAAGCAUUGAAGAAAACAGAAUUGUACAUUGAACCAUUUUUAUGUACCGCAUCAGAUGAUACAACUGUACGAUUGUUUAAAAUUGAUAUUCCCUAAUCCAUUUUAUUAAAUUACACAUAUAUUUACAAGUACUACUGAUAUAAAAACUGUCUUGAGUUUGAUUGUACUUAACUUGUUUAUUACAGCUUAGUCAGUAAUAGCUAGUUAAACCCGAGGUCAAAUAAUGCACGAGACCUUGAAAUUUCAAGGUCAAGGAUUAUAUUCGAAAUAAAAAUAAAUUAAAACUUC